CGCUUGGUGAGUUAUGACGUGUUUUCUGCUGUGCUCUUCUUAAGUAGAUUUUUCUGCAGGCUGGCAGCUAGGAAAUUUGUCUUGACCUCCAUUUUGCCUGAUCAGCCUUUUCGUUUUAAUUGGCUAUUUCCGAGUGUUUCUGAUUUUCAAAGACAGCCAGAUUAUAAAUCGUCGUUAUUCGCGUGUAUUUCGUGAUAUUCUCGUCGAUUUUGACGAAAAAUCAAUAUCGUCCAUUCGGUUUGAUGGACAUUGCCCAAUAUUCAGGCAAUUACUUGCGCCGCCAUCUUUGAACAAGCAGUCAUGAGAAGAAAAUUGCGUCUCGGUCGUGUGGCAGCUAAGUUUUCGUAGACGUUGGAACAUCUUCACGAUUUUGGAUUACCAGUUACUAAUGGACGUUAUAAGUAGAACUUUUGUUUAGAUGGAGAGAAGAAUUAAAAGGAUUUCGUUUUGAAUUGCAAAUGAAACGGAUUUUACAAUUGUAAAAAAGAAAACGUGGAAAAGGAAAAGACGCUAUCGGCGGAAACAAAAGUGAAUAUAGAAGCUUGAGCGAAAAAGCUUACCGGUGAAAAGCAUUCUCAUCUGAAACAUCGAUACAGCAGUUUCGAUUACUUUGUAAGGUCUCCGAACUUUUGCUGACAGACAAAAUGCCACGGAUUGAUCCUUUGAAGCUACUAGUGUGUCUUAGCGUUUUGCUAGCUCCUAAUGGAGGUAUUCGAAGCUCAAAUGAGGUUAAACGGCUCGCCAAUUUGAUGGCCAAGUUUUCGAAAAAAUUGGUAUCAAAGUGUAUCUACAUACAAAUACUGAAAUGUACUGAGACAGAACUGCUCGGACAAUUUAUGGCAGCUGGAGGUUGGUCGCUCGUUCAUAUGUGGCUAGCCGAUGGUAUCACAACGAAAAACUGGCCUCUGAUCCAGGAGCUACUAGAGUUGCUUUUGUGUUGCCCCGUUGACGUAGAGCGGCUCAAGAGUAACACUGCCCCAAAACUGGUGAAGUCACUGUCCAAGGAUAGCAGUCAUGAGGGAGUACGGUUGCUUGCAUCAAAACUUGUUGAGCAAUGGCUCAAGAUAGCUCGCAACGACAUCCGUUCCGGUUCACAGACUAGUGUAUCUCAACCACAGAGCGAUAAUGCUUCUUCGUCUGCAGGUGUUGAUGCAAAAUCUGACCUGCACAAGAAUAUGGCUGGAGACGAUGACAAUGUGGUUGAUGAAAGCCUCGUUGAUGAUGAGGAUACUCCCUCUCAGACUACUUCCGCUGAAUUACUGCAACAAAAUGAUAUAGAUGGUAGUGUUGCAGGAGAUGCAGAGUAUGAUAAUGAGAACGUCGAAGAAACUAAGAAAGCCUUCAAUACAGCGGUUGCAGAAAGUAAUGCUAAGAAAGCUCCGCUGCUGUUUAAGAUAACGAUGAAAAAUGGCAAACAAGUACUAGCAAAAGUGGAGUCACCUAUUAAGAAAGGAGGCCUCCCAGAAGCUACGGUAGGUGAUGAUGAAAUGACAGAUACAGACAAUGCAGCAACUGAAACUGAUUCGAAGGAACAAGUGAACGAGGUCGAUGUCUCAGAAGAAAAAACUUCGAAAGAAACGAAUUCUGUUUCAACGUUGGAGGAUGGCAAGGUUAAUGUAGAGAGAAGUGAAUCAGAUAAGAAAGAUAGGCGAAAAAGUGACGAGAAAGAACGCAGUAGAGAAAAGGAUAAAAGUUCUAAAGACAAAGAAAAACACAAAGAAAAGGAUAAAGAUAAGGAUAAGAAGUCAAGUAGUAGCGGAAGCAGCCAUAGAUCUUCUAAGUCAUCAUCGUCGUCGUCCUCAUCGAAACAUAACAGCAGUAGCAGCAGUAGUAAAAGCAAAUCUAGUUCUAGUUCCGGUAGCAAAAGUUCAAGUUCAAGUUCCAGCUCGCGGGAUAAGGAUAAAGAUCGUCACAAUAGCAGCAGUAGCAGCAACAGUAGCAGCAAGCACCACCAUAAAAGCUCAUCAUCAUCAUCUAAAUCAUCCAGUAGUAGUUCCAAGAGCGGAAGUUCGAGCGAUAAACAUCGAGACAACAAAGACAAAUCUAAUCAUUCGAGCAAAGAUAAGGACAAGGAUGGUCAACCGAAAGUGUCAUCCCCUUCUGCAGUUAAGUUACCCAAAAUUCCCAGAAGAAUAAAGGAUGAGGACGAUGAAAAUUUGGAUGCAGUUGGCCGUAAAAUGUCGCCAGUAAACACCAAGAAAGCGUCGAUCUCGAUCGAGGUCCGAAAUGCUGAAAAUCGACCCAAAACUGUAAAAACAUACAAUUCUCAAUUCCGCUCUCAUGGUCUUAUCGAAGAAGCUCCUCCACCACCUUCUCGCAAAGGACUCAAGAAACCAGCUUCUGCAUCUAGUCCAUCGACGGUGAUUGGUUCGACUGCUACGGGCACCAUUCCUAACAAACGUUCCUCGCCGCCUCCAACGACGAAGGAUGCUCCCCCUGAGAAGAAAUCCCGCGAUGACCCGACGGAGCGGCCCGGAGCGAUCAAGCUCAUUCCACCUAAACGACAACAUUCGCUGGUAGAAUCGGAUAUGUUCAUGGAUGCCCUUUCCGCUACACUCAAAAAGGAUGUCAAGAAACGCAAACGUAGACACAGCGGUUCUGAAGGAUCAGCUAAACCUCCCACAGAAAAAGCAGCCGCUGUUAGCACCACAACGGAGAAGAGCUCUAAUAAAGCUGCUUCACCAGAAAAAACUGUUCCUCCAUUACCGACCAGCCCAACGGUCGAAAAAUCUGCAAGUCCCACAAAAACUAAACAACCGGAUGCAACCGUGCCCGAAACCAAUGGCACCAAUGAAUCAGAACCUGUAUCCCCUGCCAAGGUAAUAGCGGCACCGAUGUCCUUCUAUCGCGACACUCUGGCCGAUACCGAGGAAACUGGAGAAGAAAAGAAAGUGUCUGAAGAACAGGACGAAAAGACUGCUGAAAAAUCGAGCGAAGAUGUUGAGACAAAGAAAGAAGAACCUCUUGACACACCGGCUGAACCGGAGGACGAUGAUGACGAUAUAGUCAAAAAACCAAAACGGUUGAAAUCUGAACUAAAUGAUGAUGUAGAUAUCGAUGAGAAGAGUCUGAUUGAUGCAGUCGAUGAUGACCUCGAGAAAAGGAUAGCUCAAGCUGGAGAGACCCAAAAUGCACAGAACGCUGUGAAGAAACCGCCAGGUCCAGGAUGUGGCCCUGAUGGACCUCCCGGUGUAUUAGUCAUUCAUCGCCGCAAAGGACCCAAGAAACAGCUCAAGUGGAGAGCCCAGGAAGACCUAGAAGAGAUUCGGUAUUUCGAAUUGGACGUCACCGAACGUUGUAACGUUACAAAGACAUUCUCCGAUCUUAAAAACAUGGAACGUGUGGAUGAACGAGAAAACUACAUACUGUCUCGCAAGAUUCAUUCGGAUGAUAACAUGACUGAAAGGAUACCGUGGUUACCUUUAAUAACAGUAGACAACGUUCCAUCUCAUCCGGAAGGGGUUAAUAGUCAAGAGAAACGUAUUCAGCGAGAUCGUGAACGCAACGUUCUUCAAGCUCUGUACUUCAAUCGGCACAUGAUUCCUGAUUCACCGGCUGAGCCAGACGUGGAAGUAUAUUCCAUUUCACAACCAGCUCACAUUCCGAUGGACGAUGUUACCGGCAAUCCUGAUUCGGUGAACGAUUUUACCACAAUGCCUUGGCCCGAACCGAAGUCCACACCACCUCAUGAAUCAGCUGGUUUCAAUUCUCCUUUCUUCCCCGGCACUGGAAAUGAUUUUUCACAAUUCGGUGUUUCAGGGAACUGGGAUUUGCCUGGAACCAACCCACCUCCAAUUCAAGGAAUGUUCCAACCUAAUAGAAUGCCACCCCAAGGAAUGCCAACUGGUGGUCCAAAUAACAGUCCUCAUAAUGGUCCCGGUGGUCCUAACAUGAUGAGACAAAUGAGCAUUCCUCCGAACUUACCUCCAAACAUAGCAUCACCUGUUCCUCAUCCUAACAUGUUCCAGAAUAAUUUCGGCCGCGGACCAAUGCCUAUGCAACACAUGAAUGACCUGGACGAUGAUAAUUUCCGGAAUGGACCACCACCACCGCCUGCCUGGUUCAAUAAUGGCAAUAACAAUAAUCGUGGUCAUCCUUCUUCACAUCAAGGAAACUUUCAUCACAAUCGAGGUGGAUUCGGUGGACGAGGAGGAGGAGGCAACUGGAAUCGAGACAAUGACCGAGGUGGUCCUCGAAGUAGUAACUAUCGGCCACCAUGGUUACAGAAUAGAGGCAAUCACAAUAACCAUCGUGGUGGUAGAAAAUGGUAAACUUUGCCAUAGGAGUUAUAAUCUUAAUUAUUUGUACAGUGACACGGCAGAGCCUAGUGAUAAUAGUGAAGUAAAAAAAAUAUUCCGCUUGUUGUAAAGCAAAGAAUAUUCGUGCUUAGAUUGUAAGGCAUAUCAACCUAUAUUGUGGUUCAAACAGCUAUAAUGUAACGGAUAGGUUCGGUUUAAAAGCAUUUUGUAUGUGUUUAACAUUAAUUUUGAAUAGCUGACCUUGAAGGUACAAAUUUACUAUCCAUUUUUGCUUUGUUUAUUUUUUUUUAUUUAGAUCUAAUUGCUAGUGCCUAUCUAAGUCAAGAAUCACGAGAAUAAGUGUGAGUGCUUAUUGUAUGACUUAUGUAAAUAGUUUGAAUAAAUAUAUGAAUUUGUUGUACCUAUA